CUGUUUGUCUCGAGUCAAAUAUUACCAGUUCAACAUGGCUGACAUCAGACUCGCGAGUUCAUCUGUUCGGACAAAAAACAAGUUUCAGCCUUCAGUUGAGAACUUGGUUACUCCAGGAGAUGUUAUUACAUCAGACACAUGUUUCAUGAGAGGACAUGGUACCUACACAGCGGAUGACCGACUUCAUGCUUCAGUGGCUGGUGUUGUAGAGAGAGUGAAUAAGUUGAUCUGUGUACGUCCUUUGAAAACGAGGUAUAAUGGUGAAGUUGGAGAUGUUGUCGUUGGUCGAAUCAUUGAAGUAGGUCAACGGCGAUGGAAAGUGGACACCCAUUCCAAAUUGGAUUCUGUUUUGAUGCUGUCUUCUGUAAAUUUACCUGGAGGAGAAUUGAGACGAAGGUCAGAAGAAGACGAGAAGAUGAUGCGACAUUACUUGAAAGAGAAUGAUCUCAUCAGUGCUGAAGUACAUUCAGUGUUCUCUGAUGGGUCCUUGUCUUUACAUACUCGCAGUCUCAAGUAUGGCAAGCUGAGUCAAGGUUCAUUAGUGACUGUAUCCCCAUCAUUGGUGAAGCGCCGAAAGACUCAUUUCCAUAAUUUACCAUGUGGUGCACACAUUAUUCUUGGAAACAAUGGUUACAUCUGGAUAGCCCCAAUCUCUCCAGAGGAGGAUGAAGAGUCUGGUGGAGGUUAUGAACAAAAUCUGUCUCCAGUUUCCUGUGGUGACCGAGAGGUGAUUGCUCGCAUGAGGAACUGUAUCCUGGCCCUCAGCCAUCACAAGAUGAUGUUGUUUGAUACCAGCAUAUUGUAUACCUAUGAUAACUCCCUGAAAUUCUCAUGUAAAGACAUCUUGAAACCAGAAAUAAUGAAUGAAGUUGUUGAGAUGACACGGUUAAGGCUUGAACAAGAAACUCUUUGAUUAGCAGAAUAUCACCUUUCAUUCAAGCCAUCGAUCUACAAUCUCCAUUGAUCUUACUGGAGGCUGCUUCAAAAGCAAUGGUGAAGAACAUGACUAUUCUUCCUUUGAUUUCCACUUUCUGGCCAUGAGUUUGCUUGUUCCAGCUGUUCAACAAUCACAAUCAGAUUUUCACCCAAUACUUUCAACUCCUAUUUAGUUAUGUUUUUUUUAAAAAUUUAUAGUUUGUUCUUCUAUCUACAUAUUACCAACCAUGUCAUCUCUGUCUGCUUCAUCCUUCAUAUGUACAGUUGAUAAAUUAUGUCUGGUGACCUUCAGCAGCAGCCAAUAUCAUCAUCACAUUCAUAAAGUUUCCUUAAUUUCUCUUGUGUCAUCUCAUCUUUUAUCUUAAAAUUCUCCUCUCAUACCACUACCACCAUUACCAUCACUGCCACUACAGUCACCAUUACAAGCUUAGCAAUCAUAUUCAUCUUUCUCUUUACACUGCUGUCCAUCUGAGAUAGUAGCUUAGUCAGUGGUCAGUAGUGUGGAUAAUCUCAACUCUAAACAUUCUGUUUCAUGGGUGAACAUACGGAUGGUCACUCUACCUAUUAGAAAUAGCAGCAAAUCUCUCAAGUCUUACAAAAAGGACAUAUUGAAUAAUAUGAUCCUAGCUGUAUCUGGGGAAAUAAAAGGCUUGGAUUAUCAUGGUUGGAAUGCUUUUUGCUUGGGACUGACCUGGGGAUAAACAACAUCAACGAUAACAUCUUGUUUUAUAUCAGAAUAUUAUAUUGCCUCUUCCUAAAUAAGAGCGGCCCCAGAGAUGUCAGUUCCAUAAUGUAGUAUUGUUAUUGUCAUAUAAAGUAAGACUUGCUCCGUAUAAAAACUUACCUCAACUAACUGAACCAAGGAAGUUGGUAUCUCUUCAACAGACUGACACCAUAGACAAAGAAAUUCAGUCUCAAAUAGUCCCUGACAGCUCUGACUGCAAGGGAGUCAUUCAAAUGGCAGGGAGAGGUGUAUGUGUCUCUGGCUGAUACUUGAAUAAUGCUUGGUCUAAAUUUUAUCUUGUGAUCUUGGGAGGUCAUCAGAAAUGACAAAAAAUAUAUAUAUACAAAUAAAACAAAUGAUCUAGUGGAAGGGUUAAGAAAUUCCAUUUCAAUUAAUUCUCAUAAUCAGACAUUCCUCAUCAUCUCUUAUAAACAUAGAGGAAAACACACACACAGAAACAGAACAUCAAAGAAAUCUGGUACCACAAACAUUCUGUCCAAUGUAGAAUUUAAAACAAAAUGCAGUUAUUUGAUGUUGUUAUUAAUUAAUUUUUUUUUCAUUUAAA